GUCCCGAUUUGGUACAGCAUUUGAAUGUCCGGUGACGUCUUCGGUAUAUAUCUGGUGAAACUCCAAAGCAGUGACUGGAAAUGAAUUGGAGAUACACUUGACGAAUGCCGAUUUCAAAGACUUCAUUUUCCACGUUAUUGUACGGAAUUCUUCAUAAUCGCAAACAUCUUUGACGUAAAUGGCUCGAGCUACGUCGUCUACUAGUUCAGCGUUGAAUAGGGCGUUAUAAUGCUGAUGCGCGGAUUUGUAAACUUCUCCAGACACGGUAGCGUAGGUAACGUCAACGGAAAUCAAUUUCUGAUAAUAUAUUAAAUUAUUUAAUAUAUUAUAGCAUUGCUGAUUAUGUAACGAUUUAAGUUUAUGCAGAAAAUCGUUAAGCAUAAGGUGCGUAUCACGAUUGAUGAUGACGUGCGUGGUUAUAAUGUUGUUUGCAGACAUGAUGAUUUGUAAAAAAAAAUAAUAACGAAACACGGGGUGCGAUGUAUUCACGUGUGGAAAUCGACUAAACGACUAAAUCAGUGUUGUACCCGCACCGGUUUUAUAAAAUGUUGUGGCGAUUCAGAUAUACAGACAAUUGGAGCAAACUAGAAGAGACAAGUUUACCACAGAAAGAAGAAUUUUAUAGCACAUUAACAGAGUCAAAUAUUGAAAACGCAGAUUACGAACACGCAAAAACAGUAUGGGACCACUUCAAUUGUCGAUCACUCGGUGAAUAUUCAGAUCUGUAUCUCAAAAUUGAUGUCUUAUUAUUGGCUGAUGUUUUUGAAAAUUUCCGUGAUCUGUGUUUGAGCACAUAUCACCUCGACCCGGCAUUCUACUACACAGCACCAGGUUUCAGCUUUGACUGUAUGUUGAAAUACACGUCUAUGAAACUUGAAUUACUCUCUGAUUAUGAUAUGCUGUUGAUGAUUGAAAAAGGAAUUCGUGGUGGUCUAACUCAAGCAAGCAUGCGUUACGCUAAAGCAAACAACGAAAAUACCCCAGAUUACGAACCGUCAAAUCCUAAAUCAUGGCUGAUAUACCAAGACUGUAAUAACUUAUAUGGCUGGGCUAUGUCUCAAUACAUGCCAUAUGGAGGUUUUAAGUGGGUCAAACCAUCACUAGACGGUCUAAAUGAUUUAAACGAAACAUCUCCCAUCGGCCGAAUAUAUGAAGUUGAUUUGGUUUAUCCGGCAGAACUUCAUGGUCAUCACAAUGAUUUACCCUUUCUGCCUCAAAACAGUAUUCCACCAGGUUCUAAAGUGAAAAAACUUAUGACGACACUAGAAUCAAAGAAAAAUUAUGUUAUACACUAUCGAAACUUGCAGCAAGCUAUAGCCAACGGUCUCAUAGUUGAAAAAGUGCAUAGAGUAGUACAGUUUAAUCAGUCUGCUUGGCUAGCUGAAUAUAUCAGUCUUAAUACAGAGUUGCGGAAGAAGGCAGUAAACGACUUUGAAAAGGACUUUUUUAAGCUGAUGAAUAAUGCUAUUUUUGGAAAAACGAUGGAAAGCAUGAGGAAAAGAAUUAACAUACAACUAGUGUCUAGUGAACAACGUCUCCAGAAGCUGAUAAAUCGUUCAACAUUCAAAUAUUGCACGACAUAUAACGAAAAUCUAAAUGCUGUCUCAUUGGAAAAUAAAAUAAUCGAUUUUUGUAAACCUAUUUAUAUAGGUUUUGCCGUGCUAGAUAUUUCAAAAACAUUAAUGUACGAUUACCAUUACAAUGUCAUGAAAAAACACUACGGAGACAAAAUCAAUCUCAUGUACACUGACACUGAUUCACUGGUGUAUCAUGUUUUGACUGACAACUUUUACAAACAUAAGAAUAUAACCGGUACGUGGUGAGCUGGUCAUUUACGUGUUUCGGACGGCUUGAUUCGGUCGCUGGGUGGGAGAAACGAAUCGCCACAACAUUUUAUAAAUUAAACCGGUGCGGGUACAACACUGAUUUAGUCGUUUAGUCGAUUUCCACACGUGAAUACAUCGCACCCCGUGUUUCGUUAUUAUUUUUUUUUACAAAUCAUCAUGUCUGCAAACAACAUUAUAACCACGCACGUCAUCAUCAAUCGUGAUACGCACCUUAUGCUUAACGAUUUUCUGCAUAAACUUAAAUCGUUACAUAAUCAGCAAUGCUAUAAUAUAUUAAAUAAUUUAAUAUAUUAUCAGAAAUUGAUUUCCGUUGACGUUACCUACGCUACCGUGUCUGGAGAAGUUUACAAAUCCGCGCAUCAGCAUUAUAACGCCCUAUUCAACGCUGAACUAGUAGACGACGUAGCUCGAGCCAUUUACGUCAAAGAUGUUUGCGAUUAUGAAGAAUUCCGUACAAUAACGUGGAAAAUGAAGUCUUUGAAAUCGGCAUUCGUCAAGUGUAUCUCCAAUUCAUUUCCAGUCACUGCUUUGGAGUUUCACCAGAUAUAUACCGAAGACGUCACCGGACAUUCAAAUGCUGUACCAAAUCGGGACGGCGUCAAUAUAAAUGAUGAUUUCACACAUUAUUUCGAUAACGAUGACGUUACUAAUUGUAUGAACGGCGUGUUAUUCGAAAUAUUUUCAAAAUCGUUUUCAAUUUACGUCGAAUCACCAUCCGUUAACCUUGGAACGCUGUGCACGGAGAUAGCGGUUGGUCUUAAAACUAAACUAUUACGCGAUGUUGUACCGAAUAAUUAUAAACACGAAAUAAUCGAUAUAUUGGAAAAGGUAGCAAACGAAACCUGUAUUCGCGAUUUUGUUUUCAAUCUAGAUAAAUAUGAUUUAACGUUAAUAUCGAAUUUUAAUAUUUGUAAUAGAACUCGAUAUGUGUUAAAUUAUUUAUUAUUUACUAUAUUAUUAUAUUAUAUUAUAUUACUAUAUUACUAUAUUAUAUUAUUUAUUAUACUGACAA